GGUGGGGACGCAGGGUGGGGUCACAAGCAGGGAGAGGCGGAGGAGGAAAAGGCAGAGAGAGAGAGCCCAACCCUUGAAUACACGGCAACAACACGCCGUCAGAGAGAGAGGGAGAGACACAGAGAGACUGGCUGUUUUUGGGGGAGCAAAGGGAGCCUUCGACGCUGCGGAUAUGAACUGAAAAGAAACACUGGAAGAGGCAGGGAUCGUGUUCCUAUAUCCCGAAAUUUUACUGUAAAGGUGGAAAACUAGUCCCCCCCAAACCCUCAUCUCUCCCUUCUUAUUCAGAUAGAGGUAACGUUACACCCAAAGCCCCGACCGACCCCCUCCUGCUCCUGCUGCUCCACCCCUUCGCCGCUGCACCGCUCCGGCAACCGAGAUGCACACGGAGACCCGUAACAAGAAAUGCCAGUCGACUCCUAAGCAGAAGAAGAGUGCCAUCGGCGCCCAGAAGAAGCAGAGGAGCCCGGCCAAGCAGAGCGCCCUGACCCCACAACAACAACCGCCGCCCUCGUCAUCACCACAGCCGUCCGCAGCCCGGGAAGAGGAGGAGAAGGAGGAGGAGCCGGCGACCGGGCCUCGGCUGCUGCAGGAGGAGGAGGAGGAGGAAGCAGGGGAAGAAGAGCGAGAGGAAGUGGCGACACCGUCUGUGAAGAAGAAGGAGGAAGAGGAGGAGGAGGAGGAGGGCGAGAUAGACAUGCCCUCCAUACAGAUCAAACCAGAGCCAGAGGAGAUGGAGUGCACGGCAGAUGAAGGUGACAACUGUUCGCAGCCAACAGACCUGAAGGUGAAGACGGAGCCGCCAGUUUGCAAGACAGAGCCCUCUUCACCUCAGCCAUGCCCUGCAGAGGACCAGACCGAACCUGUUGACCUGUCACUCAACAAGCCCCGCUCCUCUUCGCUCCCUGCUUCCACAACAAGCACCACAGUCAACCCUGCACCCAGCGGUGCCGUGACCCAGCCCAGCCUGUCGGCUACACCGGUCCCAUCUGCGGUCCAAUCGAUAGGCUCCAUGGUCCUCUCUCCAGGCUCUAUCUUGGCCACUCAAGGUGCCGGGGGCCAACAGAUCCUCCACGUUAUCCAUACAAUCCCCUCGGUCAGCAUGCCCAGCAAGGUGGGCCAGCUCCAGACCAUUCCCGUGGUGGUGCAGUCGCUGCCUGUUGUCUACACCACCAUGCCUCCUGACGGCGUCGCCACGGCAGCCAUUACAGUGCCGCUCAUAGGCAGUGAUGGGCGCUCAGAAGGAUCUGUUCGUAUUAAGCCAGGUUCAACGUCUCCGGUGGAGUAUCAGAGUGACAGCGAUGCAGAGAGCGGCACAGAGUCCGGAUCGGCCUCCCUCAGCGCCCAGAGCCUCGACGCCGGGUCGGUUAUGGACUUAGAGCCUGUCGAUCCAGAUUCACCAGACAUCAAGAGGAGGCGGAUCCACAUGUGUGACUAUGAAGGCUGUAAAAAAGUUUACACCAAGAGUUCCCACCUCAAAGCCCACAGGAGAAUACACACAGGAGAGAAGCCCUACCACUGUACCUGGGAGGGCUGCACCUGGCGCUUCGCCCGCUCCGAUGAGCUGACUCGACACUUUCGCAAGCACACGGGGAUCAAACCUUUCCGCUGCACCGAGUGCGACCGCUCCUUCUCCCGGUCCGACCACCUCUCCCUGCACCGCCGCCGCCACGUAAUGAUGUGAACUCUGACACCCACAACUCCCCACAAACCUGCCCUAUAAACCAACCUCUUACCCCUCAACAUCUCAAAGUCCCUCACAGCACAUUUUGUACCAGUACCCUCCACCUCACACGAAUCUCUACUUCCUAGGAUUUUAAACCCUAUCAGCAGAUAAAUAAAGACACUGUACCUCCUUCCUCCUUCUCCUCUUCAUCUUGAAAUCACAGGAAUAUCAGGAAUGUGUUUGUGUGGUUGUGUGUGUGCGCGGUGGAGUUUUACCGUGUGUGUUUCAACACAUAAUCGUCAUCAUCAUCACCGUCCACCCAACAGCAUUCCCACCACAAAACAGUCCCCUACCCAUCCUCCUUAACUCAACCUCACCUGUCACACAAAACGUCACCUCCUAAGAAAGAGAAGGAUGGACUGAAGGACAUCCAUCAGCAGGGACGUUCAUCCAUCCAUCACAUGCAUCCAUCCAUUCAUCCAAAGGAGAGGAGGAAUGAGGAGUGACGUGUGUGUGUUGUCUUUGAACUCAAACCAGAAAGGGAGUCUUAAGCCGGAUGUCACUUCAGCUGCACAUUUUUUUGUUUUUUAACAGUAUGAAUAUGUACAUAUCCAGAGUUGGGAAGUUACGUGACUCCAAAGCAAAAUUCCAUAUAAAGGAUUUUUGGAAGCAAUGGUCACUUCCAAAAAUACCUCAUAUAGCCCCUUUUCACCACAGGAACUUUUCCAGGAACCUUUUGAGAGACUCGAGAACUUUACCUUUCUCUCUGCUCGUACCAUUUUGACAUGAGGAACUAGGGCAAAAUCUAAAUCAGGAGCUGUCUGAUCAAAGAAUAGGUAAUUAAGACUAGAAAGGUUUGAUACACAAUCAGUGCUAUGGACACAUUUCAGUUGGUGCCAGAAAAGUAUUAAAAUUCAGUUUCUGAUCUUAGUUCCUAAGCCCCAAAAAAGUCCCUGUCCUCCAUUAAGUGCUUGCUAUGUGGGUGUAGCAGAAAUAAAUAACCACAAAACACCUUUGCAAACUCCAGUCAAACAUCACUACAAAGACCAACACGAUGAUUCUGGUGUUUCAUCACGUGCAAAAUUCAAAAUCCUUUUUGGUUUUCCAGAUGCAGUGGAAAUGUGCAAAAGGGACAGAGUUCCUGGUAAUGUUUGGAAAAGGGUCUAAAACAACCGACAGUUGGAUUAAUUUAAUUAGUAAUCACAAUAUUUGGAUAAAUUUUUUACUAAACUGUAAUGGCCCUUGAAAGUAAAGGCUUCCCAACCCUGUGCACAUCAGUGUAUGAGUGUGUGUGUGUGUGUGUGUGUGUGUGUGUACGUGCUAUUUCACAGCAGCUGAAGUGACGUCAAACAAUAUAUUUCUUCUCUCUCUUAAAGUAGGUUAUUUUGUCCCCUCGCCCCAUCUCCUUUGCACCUCGGCAGCCCCAACCCCCUCACCUGGUACAGGGAGCUUCAAGACUGUGAACUUUAUAAAGAUUAAUUUGUUUUCAUUGUAUCAAUCACAUUAUUGUCAUUUGCGUGUUCUCCCCCAGCACACACCUUUCUAAUUCUUCUUCGAUAACAGUAUUUGCUUUUUAUGCGUCGUUGUUGCUGGUGUUUUAUGAAAAAAAAAGGCCUUCAGUUCUGUGUUAUUUUUUUUUUCUUCUUUGCCAGGUUUGGCACUCUUAACAGAAUGGCACCGUUUUGUUGUUGUUGUUGUUGUUGUUGUUUUUUUUAGGAUUUCAGAUCCUUUUGUUGUGUUCUGAGGCUGUGAAAAAGACUGAGGAGAUACAAAUAGUUUGAGAUUACAAGUAAAACUCUCACGCAGGGAAUAGGGGAGUGUAUUUUUGCGUGUGUUGUUUGUGUGUGUGUAUGUGCGGGUGAGUGUGCAUGUUUUGAGACAAACACAUAAUCAGAAUUUAAGAUUUUUACGAGUGUGUGUUCCGGGCACUUGUUGUUGUUUUACCUCUUGCCCGUUGAGCCUUAAUAACUGAAGUCAAUCUGUAAGGGCGAAACCAGAACCACUGAUAGAGGACGCUUGGCCAAAGAUCAGCUGUGAGUCUCCAUUCAUUAAGGACAUAACACUGUACCACAAGUACCCGAUCUUUGCAGCGUUGGCUUGUUUUUAUCAUUGCUUUCUGUGAAAAGGACAUUCCUCACAGCUGUGAGAGCUUAGCUUGUUUUUAAGUAUUAAUACAACAAGAAGUUAAAAUUUACAUUAACAGACAAGACUGUUGCUGGGAUGCAGUUAUAGUCGGAAAUCUGGUGGAUUGAUUUUUUUGGCACAAAACAUGAAGAGGGGCCCUUCAGAGCAAGCAGAUGUAAAGCUUUUAGAAUGUUUGAUGAUAGCAGAAGAUAAAUAUUGAAGCAGUGACAGUCUCAUUUGUGUACCACUACAAAUAUUUUUAAUUUUUUAAAACAAAACUACUCAUUAUCAGAGUUGGCAACAUCAGCCAUUUAUAACUAUCAUGCUGUAACACCCAACAGUGUAAAUGGCAUUUGCACUCUAGCCAUGGAGCAGUGAGCCAAGGAGCCAACAUGGCUGCCACUGAAAGUCACAGUGACCAGGCCGUCUGUCAGUGGUUCUGGGAGAAACCAGGCACUGUGUCGGGCUGUCAGGGUCCGUAGUGCCUGCGGUUUAAACCAUGGGGAAACUAAGCGCUCUCCUCACUAGCAUUUCUACCAGGGUCGGGGUCAAUUCUCUUUCAACUGUGUUUGUUUUCAACAGAAUUUAAUCAAAAAGCUAACUCCCAAUAUAUUCUAACAGAGAAUUUUGUUUUAUGCCUUUUCUAAGACCUUCCUGGCAUAGCUCCCCUGAUAUAUCCAAAUGUAAUCAGCACGUUUUUUAAGAGAUUUAGCCAGUCGGAACAGAAUUGAACCCCUAACCCUGCCUUCUAACCCACGUUGUCCAUGUCUUAUGUGGGCUGUUUGUCAGCUCCUAUACUGGACUGAACUUGAUUAUGCAACAUAACGCAGACCUCACUCCAAGCGCUGUUCUGAACUGAAGUAGUAGAGCAUUAGCUGGUAGGUGUACUGCUGAUGUACAGCUCACAUAGGUUGUAACAAGAACCUGAAAAAGGGAGGUCAGGAUGCGUAGAUUCCUGUGUUGUCGAUCACUGAACAAAGCCACCACUGAAACUGCUUUCAGAAAUAGACAAUACGAGUUGUGACUGUCAAUUGAGUCAGAAACAUGGACAGGAACUCAAACUUGGGUAGGGUGAUCUUAAGCAAACAGGGGGCUGCGUAUGUGAUCAAUAGAACACACUUUUCACAAUCCUGACGUGUCCCUUUACAAACAAAAAGGCAAGACACAUUUUGCUUUUGCGAUGCUGUUCUCGUUAGUCAUUUGGAGUUACUGUCGUUGUCAUUUCAAAAGCUAGUAAGCGAGAGCAAAAUGUUAUACACCUGACUUUUCAUAGUAUGAUAAGUGAGAUGGACAUGGAGGCUUCCUUUGAGCUGAGUGCAUGCCAUGAACGGGGUAGAUUGUUGUUUGGUCUGCACACUGCAAAAAAACAAAAAUAUCCGUCUUGCUAAAGUGACUGAAUCUGGUUUUAGACUUUUUUUUAUUUUAAUGUUUUGUUAAAGAAGAAUCUGAACCAAAUUCAGUUACUUGUUUGGAGGGAUUUUUUUGCAGUGCAGAGCGAUGUUCCCAUUUCUCUUAACAUCCCCUUCUGCUUCAACUUAAAAAAAACAUAGUUACUAAGCACAUCUUUCUAGAAGAGUAUAUGCAUUUGAUUGCAAUUUUCUUUCUUUUGUAAACUGUUGAUAAAGACAUUAAGGACAAUGACAGAUAAUUAAGAUAAAUCCAUGUACAUAAAUGUAUAUAAUCAAAAAGUGCAGAGUAAAUGUAACGGGUGAAUUUCUAUUUUUAACACUGACUAGAUAAUGUGAAAAAAUUGUUUUUCUUCUUCCUUUGUUGGUUUGAUGAUGUGUUUCAUUGUGUGUUUUUUGUUCAAAUCUAAUACAUUUGUUUCGUAGUUUCUUUAAAAAAAAUGGUCCCGCUUGUGUUGUGCACACUUGUCGCAUGGAGACUAGCCUUCUUGUUUUCUUAUAGUGAUGUUGGUGAGCAUGUCAGUGUGUGUGAGACGUUGGGUUUUGCUUAACAUUGAUGAUCUGAAGGGGGGCGGCGGGGCACACUGAAAAUGAUUAAUUAGGGAUUCAUUUAUUAUAACAGAGCUUUAUAUUUCUCAGCCUAUUUCUCAUUUAAAAUAUCCCCCCAAAAAUGUAACUGUUGUUUUGGGUGAGAAAAUAUUUUUUACAAUGAAGCUCAAAGUGUAUUCAGACAUUUCGGGUCAUAUGGGGCUUAAAAUUUAUAUGUUUGAUUGCUAGUUUACACUGAGUAAUCAUGUUAAAAAGUAACAAAAGUAGUAGAUACAAACAUGUCCAACCUGUUAUACACCUUGCUUUAUUACAAAAAACAGGGACAACCUAUUGUCUACUACAGAAAUCCAGUUUGACCUUUUAUUGCAGCAAAGUUUCCCCGAUGUAAAAUAGACAAUUAGAAUAUGCUAAUAUAUUUUAAUAUUGUACUGAAGGAGUCAAAUUUUUACAUAAUAACCAAAAUCAUUCAUGGGUAAUUGGUUGAUAGUUCGCACAGGUGCCACAUGCUAAAACUCUUGCUGACUGGUGAUCUAAAAUAAAUGAUAUAUAAUCAGUAGACACCAUCCAUCCAUCCAUCCAUCGUCAACCGCUUAUCCUGCGUACAGGGUCGCGGGGGGGGGGGGCUGGAGCCAAUCCCAGCUGACAUCGGGCGAAAGGCGGGGUACACCCUGGACAGGUCGCCAGUUCAGUAGAUACCAUUUCAGGAUAAAACGACAUCAACAAGAACUUAUCGCACAAGACUGACUGCAUAUCAGCUGCUAAGGCUCAUGGGAUAUGUUAUUGUUGAAAGCUAACAAAAUAACAUUUAUCUUGGCUGAAAUUAAGAUUCACAUUUUUCUCUCGAUUAGAGAAGCAGAUGCCCAUUUAGCUCAGAAUAAAGACAGAAAAACCAAGAGCGUGUUUCAGCUGAAAAAUUCAUUCCUCUCUCAGAAAACCCAUUGAAAAAGGAGACGGGACUUAUUCCUUUGGAGCAAGGACCCAAGGUUGAUUUGAUCAAUUGUGAAACAGCUCAGAGGCCUGUACUACGGAGCAGGAUUUGACAUUAGCGAGGUAACUUCAGCUUUAACUCCUGGAUUUUCUGUUGACUGUUUAAAGGCUACUUUUAUGCUGUGGGUGAUGCAGAGAAACAUUUGUAUACCGAUAUCGUCACACAACAGAGACUUAUUGAAGCUCUAAAGCCUUGUACUUGUUGUACUUAUAAGAUAUAACAAUAAGCCUACUUACCACUUUAAAAUGUGUUUUUAUAUUUAUUUUUUAUUUGCUCCCAAGUGGGUUUCAUAUAGCCUUUUAUGUUGCUAAAUAUUAUGAGCAUAUAUUUUGGUAUUCAAAUUAAGUUUAAUUAACAUUUUAUUAUAAUUUUAGCUUGCAUUUUAUUUCCUAUAGGCCUAUUAUAGAGACACGUCAUGUCUUUUGCUAUUUGGGCGCAGGUAGUAGAUGGGUUUUCAGUAAAUGUUGGGGACUGUGCCUUGGUUGAGAUUCAGUCUCUCGACCGCUAUUUAAGCACUUUUUAUGGCACAAAUGAUUUUUGUUGCCUUUUGAAGUUAGUUUAGAACAAUGUUUGGAACAUUUUUGAGUACAUUAAAUAAAUGAAUCUGAUUUUUGAAGUGAGGAGAAGCAACACAUUAAUUUAACGGAAUACACAAUGUAAUUAUAGUCUGAUCUAUUCGUGGCCUUAUGGUGCCCUAAAGUGACAUUAUAAGGAUGUUAACUUUAAAUUUUUGCCAGCUGUCCUUCCUGCAUGUGGCAGUUGUAGCUGUGUUGCUUUUAGCCUGCUUUAUAUGUUUAACGUCUUCGUAUUUGUCUAAUAUUAUAGUUUGCUGUUCCUUUGUAAAAUAUGUCGCUCUCCUGCGAUUAGACUUGUCCACGUUUGCAAUCGGUCAUGCAAACACUGCCCCCUUUCAUGCGAUUGGGAAACCCUGGGUUGAUUCACCGAGUUGACAAAUGGCAUCCUGUGACCGCUUAUCAUGAUCGCAAUUGUUAGGGUUAGCGAAGCCAGAUAAGGAAAAGGUAUGUUGAACAUGCUUCGUAGUACAGGUUACAUUUUCCUACCAAUAACUUAAAAAGAAGCUCAUCUGCAGUGGCACCUUGCUGUGGCUAGUUUAGGCAUUUUUCAUUUAGGUUUUGUGAAAUCUGAAAUUUCUGCCUUCAACACAAUACAGUGGAGGUGAAUGGAUUUUUUUUGUGGUUCUUGCAGCACUGAAAAAACGGACAAUCCAGGUUUGAUGAAAUAAUCUUAAAGCUUAAAACGUGAUUUAUACUUCUGCGUCGGGUCUACUACAUGUAUUUGUAAAGCUCAAAUAUAUUGAUCCACCGCGUUACAACCGCUGGUUUGGCCGCUAGUAAAAUUUCUUUUGAAGCACGGAGCACUUCCUGUCGGCUCGGAGGCAUUGCAAGGCUACCCAGCUGACCAAUCACAGUUCAUGCGGUCUGUGUCGCCUUGACUUGUAGUUACAUUUUUGAGGAGGUGCAGGCUAUGGCGUUGGCUACUGGGUAGGGCACGGGGUCACGGGUAGGCUACGCCAUCGAUUCAACGCAGAAGUGGCCUAUAAAUCACACUUUAACUCAAGGUCCACUUACUAGCAUUUGCAGCAGAUUGGAGUUUGCUCAGUUGUCAUCACUUCACCAAAGUAUGAAACUUUGGACAUGUGAUAGCAUGUUUAUCAUAUUCCAUAUUAUAUAGGAGGGGGUUAUAGCCUCUGUUUUUGUUUAGGUGCAAACGGCCUUCUUGAUGUUUUUCCAGCCGUUCACUGACAAUCUCAUCCAAAAGUUAAUAAGUGGACUGUUAGUUAAGAUUAUUUUAUAAUUAUUUCCAAGGUCAAGAAUGCACUCUCAUACACAGUUUUCAUGGUAAUUUCUUCAGUAGAGUGCAAAUGAAAACUCAAAGACAGUGGCAUCUGUGGAAUAUUAUCAGGAUUCAGGAAAUUGUUUUUGUAAAGACAUGUUGCUGUUUAACAUUUUAGAGACAUUUCUCAAUCCUUAAAAUACCAAAAAUCAGUCAUUCAUAUCGAAACCUGCAAAAAAAUAAGAUCAAAGCUAGAGGUUAAACAUAUGUUUGUUUUUAAUAUAAUGUGGGGGAAAAUGUUUGUAUUUAAUUAGAUGGAUCCCAAGCCCCUUUAUUUCUUGGAGCCUUCACCCCGUGAAGCACAUGUAUGUGUCAUUAUGUGUCUGAAAACGAUAUUGACCCAUCGCUUUACAAGCACAUUGAUCAUCUCUGGUGACCAUUUUAGCAGCAAAAUUGGUAUUUUAUACACACAGACCGAGACAAACACACACUAAAACCUUCAGUGUCACACUGAGGAUAGUCAGAUUUUGCAUCUCAGAGCUUGUUGACGAUUACCCAGACAAAGUCUUAUCGCUGUGUUGCAGUUCUUGCAGGGAGGCUGAUGCAUGUGUUUGUGUUUUUCCUGCUUCCUGUUGUUUAUUUUUGCGGUUUUGUGCAAGCUUGUUUUCCCUCGGUAUUCUUCUAAAUCUUCUGUUCAUGUAUGAAGCAGGAAUGUUCAUCUGUGAACAGGCUGUGAAACAUUUAAAGAAUUUUAUCCCCAUUGAGACCUUAACAGGAAAGAGUUCAUGUCUGAGGGUGAUGUCACUGACUGUGUCCGUCUGUGUGCGAGUGCCUCGACUCACCACCAAUCACUUCCUCUACAAAACAGAAAUUUUAGGUAUUUUCUAUUGAAUGCAGUAACUUAUGGGCCAGUACUAUAUUUACUCAGUGCAAUGCAGUUAUCAUUAUAAUAAUACAUUAUUAAUAAUAUUUUUUUCUCUUUUUUUUUGUAUUUGUACAGAACAAAUGUGUAAAGAUCAGUGAGGAAAACGUGAGCUUUUUGAUACUGUGACUCAUAGUGUUUAAAAGUCGGUUUCUCCCUGUACAGUUGUGAUUAUUUCCCCCUUUCUCCCUUCUUCUUUUAUAGAAUAAAAAAAUGUUUUUGGUGCAAUUUAA